AGGCGCUCACACUCGUCUGGAACAAAACACAGCCCGGGAAGCUUGGCACCACUUUCUAGAGUACAGACUCAGGUCUCACCUGCCCUCGGGUUGGCAAAAGAUAUAUUUCACUAUCAAGGUUCUCAUUAAUUGUGCUAUUUUAUAAAUUUUGUAAACAAAAUUAUUAAAAUACCUAGGUACUAAAAUUACCGAAAUAACAUACGUUAUCUUUUUUUAAAAAAAAUGUUUUACCUUUUUACUUUGUAUUUCCAUAGAGCAAAAAAAACGAAGAUGGUCAAUAAAGAAAGGAAACCAACAGAGCGACAAGCGGUAGAGGAAUCUGGUCAACCCGUAGAGGAAGCUGGUCAACCCGUAGAGGAAGCUGGUCAACCCGUAGAGGAAGCUGAUCAAGAGCUUCAACUUCAAAAUAAUUCCGUGUCCAAUGCUGGUUCGGCCCUCCAUCAAAAAGACCUCGCUGACAACAAAUCAGAUUCGGGGUCAACCGUCAGCUCGGAACCAAAUUCACUUACUGAACUAAAGACGAACCUUUCCGGGUCGUCGGCGCAUGCGCCAUCGUUGAACCGAACACCAACGUCCGGUGAUGAGCGAAACGAAAAUGCCAGCCCUACCCAAAAUGCACCACUCUCGGAAGAAUCAAAGCCGGUUCCUCCUAGUCCAGAAACGUCAACCAGCCCUCCCGCACAGGGUAGUACAUGGAGGUCUAAAGUAUUCACAGGGCUCAAAAUCGGUGGCAUCGUGGUUGGAACUGUUGGCGGUGCAGUCGGAGCCGUGGUGGCAGCACCUGUGGUCGUUGCUGGUAUCGGCUUCGGAGCUGGUGGGAUAGCGGCAGGCAGUGCUGCGGCCAGCAUGAUGUCAACCGCUGCCACCUGGGGGUAAGGUCGUAUUGCCUUAUAACUUUACGGGGAAGAAGAAAGUAGAUGGAGAUGUAAGAAUUUACAAAAUAAUGAAUUUACCAGCCAGUUUCACUUAACUCACAGCAGGGAUUCUUAGCCAGAGGUGCCCGCGGCUAUUUGCCUAAUUAUUCUACCAGCUAUGUUGCCCAAUACAUAUACCAGCAAUGCUGCCUUAAUCUUCUAUCAGCCAUGUGGCCCCUUAAUCUUAUACUAGCUAUAUUGCCCCACUCUUGUACCAGCAAUAUUGCCCCAGUCUUCUACCAGCUAUAUAGCCCCACUCUUCUACCCACUAUAUUGCCCCACUCUUCUACCAGCUAUAUUGCCCCACUCUUCUACCAGCUAUAGUCCUGGUACAUGCAUUCAAAUGCCUGAUAAUAAUGCCCCUGACUUGAAACAUUAGAAUGGUCAAGGGGGAGACAUGGUCACCUUUUUUUAAUUUUUUUAAAUUUUUAAAAUAAAUUUUACUCCAACUAUUCACAUGUCGCUACCCCAGCGACGGCUUUCAGCCGAUACGUAUGACCUUUUGAUCAGUCUCAAUGAACGCUUUGUCACCGACCCAUAAAUAAAAAUCUUAUUCCGAAAGUUUCACCCCUCCUUCGCUGACAAUGUCGCCCCCACCUUCACUAAACAUUUUGCCCCAUCUUCAACUCAAACUUUGGCACCACCUUAAACACAAACUUUAGCACCACCUUGAACUCAAACUUUGGCACCACCUUGAACUCAAACUUUGGCACCACCUUGAACUCAAACUUUGGCACCACCUUCAACUCAAACUUUGGCACCACCUUCAACUCAAACUUUGGCACCACCUUUAACUCAAAAUUUGCCACCCUCCUUAACUCAAAAUUGGGCACCCUCCUUAACUCAAAAUUUGCCACCACCUUUAACCAACCACCUUUAGUUUAGAUUGCAACAUUGUAACAUAUUUUUUUCUUCUUCUUCUGUCUGCAGGUUCGGCAUGGGCGUGGUAUCCGCCCUUCAGUCAGCUGGAGCAGCGGGGAUCGGGCUUGCUGCGAAUGCUGUCAUUGGGGCGGGUGGGGCUGCGUUAGGCGGCGCCGUCAUAGGCGGAGUAGCAAAGGCGGCAGACGCCGCUUCGGGGCCAAAUGAGGGGGCUGCAAAUGGCGAUGAUAGUGGUGGUGGAGAGGGAAAAGAUGGAGCUGGUGGAGAUGGCAAAGACCGAGUUGGUGGAGAGGGAAAACAUGGAGCUGGUGGAGAGGGCAAAGACAGAGUUUCUGGAGAUGGCGAAGACAGAGUUGGUGGAGACGGCGAGAGUCUAAUAGGUGGAUCUGUCGACCGUAGAGUAGGUGGAGAUGGUGAAGUGGAUUCGACGGAGUUAGUCAGAAUGAAGUAGGUGGGGUAGGAGAUACUACAGACUACCUUUCCAGUAAACAAUUUAAGUGGUGAUACGGUGUUGAUAGAAAAGAUGGCUGCCACCGUAUUGAUGAGAAGCAUAAUUUGAAUAAAAAGUGACAGAGUGUCGGCGCUGGCGACAAACAUGAUGAUUUUUGUGAUAGUGACAGUGUGGUCAGCAAAUAAGUGACAGUGGGGUCUGCCAGGAAGUGACAGUGAAGUUCUCACUCGUGCGCCAACAUCCGUUUACAGCCCAUGCAUCCAAUGAAGCCUCCACAGAGUUCUGUUAAGGCUGCUUGUUUAAACUUGAGCAUCUCAUAAGCUUAUUUGACUGCGAUAAGACUUAAUCUCAUGUUUAAUUUUAGCCUAUCAACAGAUGCAUGACGUCAUCAAAUAAUUAUAUUAGUCAAUAAAGAUACUUGGCAAUCCA